AUGUCUUGUCGGAGAAAAGCAGCCUUCGCCGUGGUGAACAAACCAGAUAGCCAUGGAGGAAGCCUGGACUGGACCAAAAUUUGUGAGAAGUCUUCCAAGGUCAUAACCUUCAUAGACCUGGCAGGCCAUGAGAAAUACCUCAAGACUACCGUUUUUGGGAUGACUGGACACCUGCCUGACUUCUGCAUGCUCAUGGUGGGCAGCAAUGCAGGUAUCGUAGGGAUGACCAAAGAGCACCUGGGCCUGGCUUUAGCUCUGAAUGUGCCUGUAUUUGUUGUGGUAACCAAGAUAGACAUGUGUCCAGCCAACAUCCUACAAGAGACACUGAAGCUCCUCCAGAGGUUACUGAAAUCCCCUGGCUGUAGGAAAAUCCCUGUCCUGGUGCAGAACAAGGAUGACGUCAUAGUCACAGCUUCAAACUUUAGUUCUGAGAGGAUGUGUCCCAUCUUUCAGAUAUCCAAUGUAACUGGAGAGAACAUGGACCUGCUCAAGAUGUUUCUUAACCUGCUCUCCUCCAGGACUUCAUACAGAGACGAUCAGCCUGCAGAGUUUCAGAUAGAUGACACCUACUCUGUUCCGGGAGUAGGCACAGUUGUGUCGGGAACUACUUUACGUGGACUCAUACGCCUGAAUGAUACCAUGCUGCUGGGGCCAGACCCCCUGGGCAGCUUUAUCCCCAUUGCCGUCAAAUCAAUCCACCGUAAGAGGAUGCCUGUGAAGGAGGUUAGAGGCGGCCAGACUGCGUCAUUCGCUCUCAAAAAGAUCAAGCGCUCAACAAUACGGAAGGGCAUGGUGAUGGUGUCGCCAAGGUUGAACCCACAGGCUACCUGGGAGUUUGAGGCCGAGAUCCUGGUGCUGCAUCAUCCCACUACGAUAUCCCCAAGAUACCAGGCCAUGGUCCACUGUGGCAGCAUAAGGCAGACAGCCACCAUCUUGUCCAUGAAUAGAGACUGCUUAAGAACAGGGGACAAAGCUUCAGUCCACUUCCGCUUCAUCAAGACCCCCGAGUAUCUACACUGUGACCAGAGGCUGGUCUUCAGAGAGGGACGCACCAAGGCUGUGGGGACCAUCACGAAGCUGUUGCAGUCAACCAAUAAUCUGCCGUCAAACUCCAAACCACCUCAAAUCAAGAUGCAGUCUACAAAAAAGGCACCACUGCGAAAAGAGGACGGCCCCCCGGCAGCCAGCGAUGACGCCGCGACGAUAGCUCAGUCACCAGGACCAAGCGCGACACAACCAGGAGAGGGAGAGGAAGACCCUCAGAUAAAGGAGGGCAACAAAGAGAACAAGCCAAAGUCUGGAGGAGGUGGGAGGAGGAGGGGCGGCCAGAGGCACAAGGGAAAAGGCCUGAACAGUGGCAGCAACUCGACAGCAGCUCCCUCCUCAUCAGGGACGGGCGGCUGCUGAACUGUCCCUCCAGUCCCACGCAAACCUCCCUCUCUGCAAUCACUCCGCCAAGUGUCUUCAUCUCACAAACCAUGGAUGCUGAUGUUUGAAGAAAGACACUCUCCUCAGUCCAAUUACGACUUGCCUUUUUAAACAACAGACCUACUGUUUUUAUUUUUAAAAAGGGAACACAAGGGGGUAUUGUCCGAAACUGAAAGGCAUACAACCUUUUAUGCAUUUUAAUGUCAGCUGCUUUUUGCUAUUUUUGAAUGAUAACGGUGUGGUUCCUGAGGUUAGCCUCACUCGGAAGGGUGAUUCAUUCAUUUAUAUUAAUAUUUAAUGCCUCUAGGAAAUCCACAAUUCAGUCCUUUGGGCUCACUAUCAGUGAUGGGGAGGGUGGCCUCACCCGAAAAACAAGGAUCUAGUAUGAAGAUGAGCAGCUAUAAAUGAAAGUCCCCCAUGCAUUCCCUGUGUAUUUGCAAUGAAAAACAGUUCAUGUACUAUUUAUACUGCAUAUGUAAAAUAGUUGUUGUGCUCUGAUUGGAGAUGCUCCGCUGUAAAAAUGUAUGCAAAUCACAAAUGAAUGUAGCAGAGGGCACAUAGUGAAUUGAAAUUUUAGAUAUGUGGAAAAUAUAAGCUGUAACAUUUUAUAAUUGUCCUUUUAUUUAUUUGGCAUUGAUGCAGAAUGUUGACUUUUUAGAUGGUCUGCAAUUUCCUCAUUGUCUAAUCCGCACCGUUAGAUUCAGUCGUAUCUUUGUCAGUCAUCCAUGUAAAUACCUUACACUCAUAGUGUUGAUACAGACAAAUACAGCACAUAAACUUCUCACUCCAAAAGCUGUUCAUGACUCAAGUCGUGCAGUGCUCACAAUGAUAUUUGUAACUCUCAUACUCCAUGCUGGUUGCUGUUCCAAGUUGUGACACUUAAAACAACUUUGCGGCUAAAAACCUCACCAUUAAUAAACAGCUUUACCAAACAUUUCAA